AUGAAAGCCAAGGCCAGUGCAGCUCUUUCGGCCGGGCAGCACUGCAUGGAUGGAGGAGCUGGCGGGCCAUGCAACGUGCAGUACUUGCUCGAGGACGUCGAUUUCUCCGCGGUCUCCACGUCGGGGAAGUUCCUGCAGUUUGGGGUGCACAGCAAGCCUGAGGGGAAGGUGCUGCCAGUCUUUCUGGCCCGCGACGGCUCCCUCGGAGGGUUUCGCUCGCUGGUAAGCCAACAUCUCGACGGCUUUGGAGAUCAGGGCUGCGUGAAGCUGGGUCCAGACUGGGACGAUGGCUUCGGCUGCCACUUCCCCGUGCGCCGGCUCAGCCUUUGGACUGCUGCGGCUAUGGCGGGUGACGUCCGGCUGUCUGGCCCUGGCUUCACGGGGGUUCCCAACAAUCAGUUCCCCAGCUUCGGCGGCAACGCGGGCUUCCUGUCCUACGCGACCAAUUACAAUGGCUACGGUGCCUUGGCCAUCCCUGGCCAAGUCUACGACUUGGCCGCAGAGUGGCGGGAAGGCCCGGUGGUGGAUGCGGAUUUUUCCGACAGUGCCUUGCCGGGCUACUUCGGGGAGGACGCGGACGAGGAGGUGACCCUGAAGACGUCCUUGGGCACAUGCACCCUUCGCUCGUCGAAGGCGCACCCGCCCUUCACUGGACGCCUGGGUCCAGUGCCUGGUGCUCCGCAGAGCGACUGUGGCGCCAAGCUCUUCAAUCCCCCUCUCGUGGAAGGCCGCGAUGUGAGUGUCGCCCUGAACCAGCCCGCGGCUGCCUCUUCGACCGAAGGGGGUAACCCCGGCCUCAGCCCGAGCCGGGCUGUUGAUGGCUCGGCAGAGACAAGAUGGAGCUCCAGCUUCGCAGAUGGCGAGUGGCUUGCUAUCGACCUGGGAGUUGUUUACGAGCUCUUCGCAGUAGCCGUCGACUGGGAGGCUGCCUACGCAAGCACCUACCUGGUGCAGCUGCGAUCGGACGAGGCAAGCGCCUGGCACACGGCCGCGGAAGUUGUCAAUGGCCGCGAAGGGCAAGUGCAAACCGUCUUCCCAGAGCAUUUGGCGCGCUACGUCCGAAUCUUCUGCCAGAAAAGGGCUACGCCGUGGGGCUGCAGCAUCAGGGAGCUGCAGGUCUUCCCCACCUACCUUGGGCUCUUCGAGCCCGUGGAUGGCGGUACGGAUCGGGCCUGCCGUGGAGAGUCCGCCUCGGACAACUCUCCCAGGCACUACACCGUUGUCGAGCAGGAGACUUUGAAAGCAUGCAAGAAGGCCUGUGAGCAGACCGCUAGCUGCGUCGGGAUAGAGUACAGUGGCACUCGCUGUGAGCUCUGGACGCGCCGGGAUCGAAUCGGUGCGUCCAUCCCGCUGAGCGGCUUCACAUGCCUCCACUUCCU